AUGGCCCAAAUCGACAUCAAACCAGCUGGGUGGAAGCUUGUAGAAGUUGGGCGAGUGGUUUUACUUCGAAGCGGUCCUCAUGCCGGCAAACUUGCUACAAUUGUUGAGAUUAUCGACCACAAGCGUGCUCUGGUAGACGGCCCUUCCAGCAAAGAAGGCGCAGUUGUUCCUCGACAUGCCAUCCAGCUCGACAAAGUCACUAUGACACCCUUCACUAUCCCCAAGCUUCCUCGAGCAGCCGGAACUGGACCAGUACGAAGACUAUGGGAAAAGAAUGAGAUUGAUCAGAAAUGGGCAGAGAGCAGCUGGGCAAAGAAGAAGGAGACACAGGAGCGGAGGAAGAAUCUUGGUGACUUCGAGAGGUUUAAGGUCAUGAGGUUGAAGAAGCAGGUAUGUCUCGACAACAAUAUACUCCCGUCCAAUGUCUCUGUAUCCGGAAGUGUCAUCUGGAAUAGUGACCGCCAAUUUCUCGUCUACGAAGAGGCAGUCCGUUAA